GAGGAUCUCCUCAUUCACGGCGAUUCUGUUUACGAUAUCAUUGACAAACAGGAUCACGCAGCCAUACAAGCCGAACUGAAUCGCAAUGUGCCACCACAGCCGGGACAUAGUCAGCAUGCCAGUGCCGCGUCAGCAGCAGCCGCAGCAGCGGCGGCGAUCUCAAGUCUGGAAGGAGAACAUCGCAUGUUUUUGUGUCGCAUGAAUGUCAGUCGAAAUGCGCGACGACAAAUGCGGUUCGGCGAUCAGAAGGUUGUGCUAGUUCAGGGUCAUUAUCUGUCAUUUCUGCCGCUUUGCAGUCGCAAUGAGCCGGUCUUUGUGGCCACAUGCACACCCAUUGCCAUGCCGGAGACGCGCGAGUGUGUGGUGCAGGGCGCCACCAAUGUCUUUACCACCAUUCAUUCAAUGGAUAUGAAAAUCGCACAUAUCGAUAAAAACGGCGAAUUUCAUUUGGGUUACAGCAAAAGUGAUAUACAUGGAGUUUCUUGGUACAAUCUAUUGCAUUCGGAAAAUUUACGUGAGGCGCAAAGCAAACAUAGGCUGAUAACACAAUCGGAGCAGGAUCGCUCUUGCAUUUUACUAGUUCGCAUGCAGCGGCGACAAGGAGACUUUAUUUGGGUACACGUGGUACUACAAGUGCGCGAUAGUCAAGAUACCAACCAGCAGCCGGUGAUUGUUUGCACGAAUCAGGUUCUAAACGAACGCGAAGCAUCGGUUAUGCUCGCCAAUUCAUGGCUCUACCACUACUACUCAGUGCAAUCGAAGAUACAAUUCGGACUUGCCUUCGAUGCGCCCACACGUGUGCCACCAACAACGCCAGCCGCUGCCGCUGCGGCUGCGGUCUACUACCAUCAUCACGCGCAUCAUGUUGGCCAUCCGCAUUCGCAUCAUCACACGGGCGCCGCCACAACGGCCACACUUCCGGCUACCGCAUCAGUGGGCUAUGCGGCCGCAUUGCAUCCACAUCAGCCACAUCCGCACGUCCACCAUCCGCACCACCAACACCUGCACACAAAUCAGCUGCCGCAUCCGCACUCGCACCCGCAUUCCCACCAAAAUUCACACCCCCAGUACCACCACAUGACGGCGUAUGGCUCGUAUCAUACGCCCACUGGCGCGACUAGUGGUGGCAGCAUGAGCGUGGGGAGUGGCAGCGGCGGCAGUGCGGAGGGAUCGCCUGCGCCUCAUAUGGGCGGUCAACAGCCACAGCAGCAGCACUUACAAAGCAAUGGCGCAGUGGUGAUGACGGCGAAUGCGGGCAACAUUAAUGGUGCCGCCGUCGGUCCGUACAUCUACCAUCACCGGCUGGGGUUGGAACCGGUCGACUAUAGUCAAGUGCCUGGCGGUGCGACGGCGGCAGCGAUUGGCUUGAACGGCGUGCGCUCUCCCGCGAAUGGUCAGACGGAUGGACAGAUGCGUUGUAGCAGCGCGAACAGUUCCGUCUCCAGUCACAAUGCAGCCACACCGCACUAUGUCACACACAACAGCAACGCUAGCAACAAUGCGACCAGCAAUAGUCAUAACAACGGCAGUGGUGGCAACACUAACCACAACAACACAAAUAGCAAUCACACCAGCGGCCACAAUCAUAAUCACAACGUCAGUUCCAGCGUCAACGGAAAUGCCUCAUCACAUCAUCAACGCCUCAGUUCGCCACCCACCAAGCGGAGAGCUAUCGGCAAAUUGGAACCACUUUAUCUACCAGAUGAUGGCACCGAUGACACGCCCACAACAGUAACCGAAAUUGAUACAGCCUACCCGCUGCAUACGCAUGCGCUCAUUUCUGCGCCGCUCGAGUCACAUGCUUCCGUAGUCUUUGCCACCGUUGUGCCUACACGUCCGCGUCUCAUGCAAAAGUCACUACCCAACGAUCCACCCGACUUCAUCGAUCAAUGGAAUCCCAGUCCGCCCUGGUCGGAGUCUGCGCAAAAACUUUCGCUUGAUAGUUCCUCCUCAACGCAGCAGGAGCUCAGUCCUUGUAUUACCACCACACCACCUACACCCACCAGCGCGCCACCUAGCGGUCCACUCGCCGCCAAUUGCAAUGGUUUACAGACUUUAGCACCAGCUUUCUCAUUCGAAUGGAUGUCCGAUCCGUUGGUGCCUAUUACGGAUCCCUAUGUUUCCUGUAUAACGCCGCCGGAUGGCGUACCCAUUGUAGUCACUCAUCAUCCACACUCCGCCGCAGUGCAACAUGCCUUGCAUUGGCCUGUGAAUGCCCCAGCGUCCGAACAUCAUCAGCACCUGAGUCAGCAUUUAGCCUCGCAUGGGCAUCGAUUGUUGAGUCUGUCGAGUACGGGCGCUGGUGAAGCGACGCAACAGGUGUUGAGCGUAGCAGCCAGAGAUGCGGGGAAUGUGAAAGUGAAAUCACCUGAUGUUGCAGAGCGAAAAGGUGAGUGUUUUUCUAGUUUUUGAAUAAACCAAUACGAAACAUUUUCGAUC